CACACACACACACACACACACAGCCAGUUUCCAUCGAGGUGUGAUACAAAGAGCACACACACACCACGCACACAAACCCAUACACUUUGAACACGCGCACACACACUCACACGCACACUUCAACAAUCAUACUUAUAAUCACAGUGGUAUGAAUUGUAGUGAUUGAGAAUUGGAAAAAUAGCUUGAAAAAUAAGAAAAAGGAAGCGUGAGCGAGUGUGUGUUUGUGCGUGUUACGUGACUUCAAGACAGGCCAUUGGAAAAACAAAACAAGAAAAGAAAACGGGAAAAAGAACGAAAGGAAAACGGAGUGUGGGAGGAAAGAAAAGUGGGAAAUGAAGGAAGGAAAAGGCGUGUAAAGAAAAGUGAACAAGGAAUAGUAGAGAAGAGACAAAGGAAGACAGGAAGAAAAGAAGGAAGGAAAGAAAUAAGAGGAGACGAAGGAAGAGAGGAAAAGAAGGAAGGAAAUAAAAGGAAAGGGAGGAAUUAAAAAAAAAAAGGACAGUAGAGAAAAAGAAGGGAAAAAGGAGGGAAGGAAAGGGAAUAAAUGAGGAAAGAGAAGAAUCCAGAAAGGGAAGAAAGACAAUAGAGAUAAAGAAAGAAAAGAAGAUAGGAAAGAAGAAGAAAGGAAAACAAGUAAAACGAUUGUGUGUAAGAUUAACACACACACACACACACACACACACACACACACACACACACACACACACUUCCUGCCUUCCUUCCUACCUACCUACCUACACACACACACACACACACACACAUGCCCCCUAACCAUCGCCUCUACCCAGCAUGCUUAACCAUAGCCAUCCUUACACUCCUCUACCUCCUACCACUCCACCACCAACACCCCCAGUUCGAAACCCCCACAACCCACCCCGAUCAACCCCCCCGCCCCCGCCACCCACACCAGUCCCCCCUCCCCCCCGCCGGCUCUCAGGACACCCCCACCCUCAAAAACCUCAACCGUGACAUUAACAGCAAUGAAGCAACGCCCUCGGCAGAGAGAGAAAACGGAAAAGAAAAUGGGAGACUUCACGUGGAUGGCGGUGACUGGGACGAAGGAGGAGGAGGAGGUGAAGAGGAGGAGGAGGAAGAAAGCUUGUUGCAUGCAGUAGGGACGUCCUCAGGGGAAGAGAAGACAAGAGGUGACGGAGGAGGAGGAGAACAAGAAGAACCCAACCCGUUUCAAGCAGUAGAAAAGUCUUUGGGGAACGAAAAAACAGGAAGAGGAGGAGGAGGAGGAGGAGGAGGAGGAGGAAGACGGGAGGAGGAGGAAGAGAACUCAUUCGAAACAGUAGGGGAAGAAAAUAUAGCUGGUGGAGGAGGAAGAAGAGGAGGAGGAGGAGGAGGAGGAGGAGGAGGAGGAGAAGAGGAAGAAAGCCUGUUCGAAGAUGCAGAGGAACAAAAGAUAGUUAGUGGAAAUGAUAAUGAUGUUAAUAAUGAUGGUGAUGAUGGUGGUGAUGAUGGUGAUGAAAACGGUCCAGGGGUGUGUGAAGUAACGCUCCCCCUGUCCCCGUGCCCCUGUGAGCGUCGUGUUAAAGUCUCCCUGCCCGGCUGUGAAGGUGGAGUAGAAAGGAAGGAGAGGGUGGAGGCAGUGGUGGAGAGGGUGAAGCUUGCCCUGGGGGAGUCCACAUGUAGCGAGUGGGCAACAGCGAGAGGUGGAGAGCAGAAGGUGGUGAGCUACAGCCUCUUCGGAGCCUUCCCCAGCGCCUACCACCGGGGCAUAGAGGUGCUGGCGGGGCAGGUGAGGGACGCCUACCCCGGCUGGGCGAUGCGAGUGUACCAUGACCUGGAUGUCUCGGAGCGGCCGCAGCGGGACUGGCUCUGCGCCCUGGCCUGCCAACACACGCACCUGGACUUCUGCCACGCCGCUAGACUCCCCGGGGGUGUGGGCGACGUGCGCGGGUCUGUGGGGUCUGUGUGGCGUGCUGCUGUACUGGGCGACCCCCUGGUGAAUCUGUUCAUGCUGAGGGAUGCUGACUCGCCCAUCCUGACCCGGGAGGUGGAGGCUGUGAGGGAGUGGCUGAGCUCCGGCAAGUGUUACCACCUGAUGCGCGACAGCCCCCACCAUGACCAAGCCGUGAUGGCAGGGCUCUGGGGGGGCUGCGGGGGCUGGCACGCUGAGGCCCUCCCCAGACUGAGACGCCAGCUGUUCAGAUGGGCACCGCGCCGCGCCCCGCUCUCCGAAGACCAGCUGGCCAUCAAUAUGCUGCUGUGGCCCCUCAUCCGCCGUAACCACACAGCCCACGACGCUUACCACUGCGAGGCCUUCCCCACCUCCCGCCCCUUCCCCACGAGGAGGCGGGGGCGGGGCUUCGUGGGCAUGCGCUCCCUCCGCCCCCACCACGCCCACGACGCCCUCACCGACCCCUGCCCCGCCCCAUGCCGACCCCCGGAGCAUAGGGAUUGGCUGUACUGUUGAGGGGAGAAGGGGUGGUGAUGGAAGGAAGGAAGAAGGGAGAAGAAGGUCGAUAAAGAAGGGAGGAGGUGGAAGACAAAAUGGAAGUGGAAGAAGGAAGAAGGGGAGGGAGAAGAAGAUAGAAGGAGAAAGUAGUGGAAAAAAGAAGGCAGAAUGAAGUGACAGGAAAAGAAGAAAGUAAUGAAAGAAGAAGGGGAUUGAAGAAGAAGACAAUAGAGUGAAAGAAAAAAAAGGAGAAAGUGAAGAAAGAAAGAAGGUGGAUGAUGAAGGCAGAGAGGAGAGUGAGAUAAAAAAAAGAAAGUAAUGAAAGAAGGAGAUUGAAGAAGAAGACAAGAGAGUGAAAGAAAAAAAGGGAGAAAGUGGAGAAAGAAAGGAGGUGGAUGAUGAAGGCAGAGGAGAGUGAGAGAAAAAGAAGGUAAUGGAAGAAAGGUAAAGAAGGCAGUGGUGAAGAAGGUAGUGGAAGAAGAUGGGAAAAAAAGGAAGAAGCAGUGGAAGAAAUCGAUGGAAGAAAAGGAAGGAAAAAGUGAAAGAAGAUGGAAGUAGUGGAAGAAGGUGGAGGGAAGUGGAAGAAAAAGGAAGGUGGUGGAAGAAGAUGGAAAGAAGAUGGAAGAUAAUGAAAGAAGAUGAAAAAUAAUGAAAGAAGGUGGAAGAAAAUGGAAGAGGAAGAAAACUGAAGGAAAAAGUGGAAGAAGAUGGAAGAAAAAAGUGGAAGAAGAUAGAAGAAAAAAGUGGAAGAUGAUGGAAGAAACAAGUGGAAGAAGAUGAAAUUAGCGAAAGAAAGAAGAAAAAAGUAGAUGGAAGUAGUGAAAGAAGGGAGAAAAAAAUGAAAGAAAAAGUGGAAGAAGAUGGUAGUAGUGAAAGAAGGGAGAAGAAAAUGAAAAAAAAAGGUGGAAGAAGAUGGAAGUGAAAGAAGGGAGAAGAAAAUGAAAAAGAUGGAAGAAGAUGAAGGUGAAAGAAAAUGAAGAAAAAAGAUGGAAAACGACUGAAAAAAAAAAGAAGAUUGGAUGUAGUGGAAAAAGGUCAAAGGAGGUCAACCAACGUUCAGCGAAGUUUGUGUAAUAGCCAUAAAGUUCAGCCAAGUUUGUAAAAUAGCCACAAAGUUCAGCAUACGUAGUUGCGAGCCGUCAUCAAAUUUAGCGUUAUGGAUUAAAACUAUUCUGCCGCCCUGAUAGUGUAAGGCCCCCGCCCCAUUCCCACUGUGUCGACUCUGGGCCCACGACAACCCAGCGACUCCGGGGGCAUGAGGUCUUGGGUGUGAAAGUCUGAUCUGAAAGGGUCGUACAUGGUCGGAAAGGGUCGUACAUGGUCGUACAUGGUCGGAAAGGGUCGUACAUGGUCGGAAAGGGUCGUACAUGGUCGGAAAGGGUCGUACAUUGUCGGAAAGGGUCGCAUAUGGUCGGAAAGGGUCGCACAUGGUCGGAAAGAGUCUGGAAACGGUCGCAGGAGGGUGAGUCGGCAGAGUGUGAAGGUGGUCUGAAAAUCGCAGGGUUGUCGUGGCCCAGAGUCGGAUGUCUUUUUUUUUAAAUAAAUACUAUCGUUGUUAUUAUUAUUGUUGAUGUUGUUUGUUGUUAUUAUCCUUAUUAUUAAACACAUAUAUUGCUAAAGUGUGUGGAGGGAAAAGAUGAAUGGAGGGAACAGAGAAGAAGGGAAGAGAAGGGGAGGGAAAGGUAAGGGAGUGGAACAGAAGGUAAGGGAAUGGAAGGGAAGGGAAGGAAAAGAUGAAUGGGGGGAACAGAGAGGAAGGGAAGAGAAGGGAAUGGAAGAGAAGGGAAUGGAAAGGUAAGGGAGGGAAAUGGAAGGAAAGGGAAUGUAAGGGAAGGUAAGGAAAAUAUGAAUGGGAGGAAGAGGGGAAGGAAAGAGAAGAGAAUGGGGGAGAAGUAAGGGAAAUAAAAGGUAAGGAAAGGGAGUGGAACGGAAGGGAAAGGAACGGAAAGGAACGGAAGGGAAGGGAAGGGAACGGAAGGGAAAGAAGGGGAAAGGGAAUGAAACAAAAGGGAAAGGAAGGAAAGGGAAUGAAACAAAAGGGAAGGGAACGGAAAGGAACGGAAGGGAAGGGAAGGGACGGAAAUGGAAAGGAAGGGAAGGAAAGAGAACGAAAGGGAAAGGGAAUGAAACAAAAGGGAAAGGAAGGAAAGGGAAUGAAACAGAAGGGAAGGGAAGGGAAAAGAUACAUACAUAAACAUACAUAUAAAUAAGUCAACCAAAACAAACGGAGACACAGACACACACACACACACACACACACACACACACACACACACACACACUUCACUGAUAAGAAACACACAUGACAGUGAAAACGCAGACAACUAAUGAUACGAAAAACGAUAAUUAAGACAAACAACGACAAGAUGAUUGAUAGGAAGAGGAAGGAGAGAGAGAGAGAGAGAGAGAG